AUGGCCGCCGCCGGGUACAAAAAGCUCUCCGCCGUCGCCGGCGACAAGCUCUCCGCCGCCGACGAAGCCAAAAAGUGGGCGUCCGUUGCGGCGGAAGCCGUCGCCGAGGCCAACAAGUGGGUGUGCGUCGCGGCAGAAGCCGUCGCGGAGGCCAGGAAGUGGGUGCCCGUCGCGGCGAAAGCCGCCGCGGAAGCCGAGGAGUGGGCGUCCGUCGCGGCGAAAGCCGCCGCGGAAGCCGAGGACUGGGAGACCAUUGUGGCGGAAGCCACCGCGGAGGCCGAGAAGUGCGCGUCCGUGGCGGCGAAAGCGGCCUCCGAGACCAAGAAGUGCGCGUCCGUGGCGGCGAACGCGGCCUCCGAGACCAAGAAGUGGACGUCCAUCGCCAUCUCCGCCUCCGCCAAGAAGAGGUCCUUCAUGGCGGUGUCUCAGGGCAAUGCACCCAUCAAGAAAGGCUUAAAGGAGGAAGAGGGGGAGGAGGAGCUGGUCAUCACCAAGCCUAAGCUGGCCAGUCUGAUAUAUCACGGCUUCAACAUUGCCUUCGUCUUGCAGAUCCUCCUUUUCAUCACCCACGUUUCCGUUUACUACAAUGCGAGCGAAUUCUGGUGGGAAGCUGUAGCAGCAACUGCAAUUGUGUCGCCUCUCUUGAUCACACCCCUCUACUUCACGCCUAUGCUUAGAGACGUCUUCAUCAGGGAAUAUGCUAUGUCACCCUCUAACACGUGCAGCAGUGAUCUCAGCGGCAAGCUGCUGUUGUCCGAGGAAGUGUAA